GGGAUUUUCCAAAACAUACAAAAGCCCAUAUUCCACCCCUCCAAAGACUAUAAUCAUCCCAUGUCUACCUCUCUGUCUCAUCGGCUUUGAGUCUUGUCUCCUAUUUUAUAUACUCAUAUAAUAAACAAAAUAAAACCAAAUUUUCUAAUCUAGCUAGUAUUUAGCCUAUAAGUGGUGUAUACUCAGUCUUCUAAUUCAUUUCACCACCAUCCUUCUUCUUCUUUAUUUAGUUUUCUUUCUGUACUUUGAACCAAGACAAGGUGGUGGAGAGGAGAAGAAGAAAACAACCAACAAGAGACAUGUCUUGUAAUAAUAAUGGCUUAGCUUUCUUCCCUGAAAAUUUCAGUCUCCAAAACCAUCACCAAGAAGAAGAAGAUCACCCUCAACUUCUUCAAGACUUCCAUGGGUUUCUAGGUAAAAGAUCUCCAAUGAACAACGUGCAAGGGUUUUGUAAUCUAGAUAUGAACGGAGAUGAAGAAUAUUCAGACGAUGGAUCUAAGAUGGGAGAGAAGAAGAGGAGAUUGAACAUGGAACAAUUGAAGGCACUAGAGAAGGACUUUGAGCUUGGUAAUAAACUUGAAUCAGAUCGAAAAUUAGAGCUAGCUCGUGCCUUGGGAUUGCAACCUAGACAAAUUGCUAUAUGGUUCCAAAACAGAAGAGCUCGAUCCAAAACCAAGCAGCUUGAGAAAGACUAUGACAUGCUUAAGCGUCAAUUCGAAAGUCUCAGAGAUGAGAACGAAGUUCUUCAAACUCAAAAUCAAAAGCUUCAAGCUCAGGUAAUGGCAUUGAAAAGCAGAGAACCAAUAGAAUCAAUCAAUCUGAACAAAGAAACAGAAGGAUCAUGUAGUGACAGAAGUGAGAACAUUUCUGGUGACAUCAGGCCACCGGAGAUCGAUAGCCAAUUCGCCCUAGGCCAUCCACCGACAACUACAACGAUGCAGUUUUUUCAGAAUUCAUCGUCAGAACAGAGAAUGGUGAAAGAAGAGAACAGUAUCAGUAACAUGUUCUGUGGAAUUGAUGACCAGUCUGGGUUCUGGCCAUGGCUUGACCAGCAACAAUACAAUUGAAUGUGGUCGAUCUGUUCUUGUUUGUAUUAAAAUUUUCGUUUUCUUUAAGUGGUCAGAUGAACCAAUUCAUGUUUCAAGAAUCUAUAUUUAGUCUAUAUGCACCAACUAAGCUAGUAGUUUUUUUGGGUAAUGUGAUGUAAGAGAAUUAAUGGGGGAAAUAUUCAUCAUAUUAUAUGAUAAUUAAUCAAUCAUAUGGGCCAUAUGAUUAGACAUUAAAAAAAGUCUGAACCAUGUGCUUUUAUAUCGUACAACUAAUAUCCAGA